AUGCCCCCAGACUCAGACAUCAUUCAACAGGCCCUCAUGAUAGCUGAUACUUUCACUGGUGGUGACUCUACAAGGAAUGAGGUAUCUGAUUACAAUUCCUUCUUCAAUCAACUUCAAGACCAAAACAUGUAUAAACACCCACAGCAUUCUUCAUACUAUUCUCAACUACCACCCCCACCUCCACCGCCACUCGAUAACCGUGCUCCCCCUCUUCCUUUCAUGAACAUGACCAGCCAACCACCUCUACCUCCAGGGCCACCACCACCACCACCCCUCCCAGACAAUGCUCCGCCACCUCUUCCACCACCACCCCCAGAAUAA